GUGUUUGUGUUUCAGUAAGACGUUAAUGAUUGGUGCACACCACGACAUCACCAAGCCAACGAGCAAGAAGCGGCCUUCACAAGUUGCUGUUGUAACUCUCAGAAAACGCUGUUGUACUCCUCUCUAGUGCACGUGACCAAUGAGUGCUUCGGAACGUGGGAUGGAAGAAUGUCAUGUGACUGCAAGAUAAAAGGUGGAGGCUGGAGACAUCCAGCAGCUGAUUGGUCACCAAAAAGAAUGUCCCCCUCAGCCACAGGGUGGGAGCUCCACUUUGGAGCAGGCAAAGCUACCAAUUAAAGAGGAAGAACUCUCCAUCACUCAGGAGGGAGAGCAUCUUCUCGGGCCAGAGGAGGCUGAUCUCACCAGGUUGCCACUGACUGGUGUGUCUGCGGUGACCGAAGACCCUGAAGACAAACCACCUGAGUCCUCACAGCUUCAUCAUAGUCCAAGUGAGGAGAUGAGAGAGGCGGAGCCACAGCCCCCCUAUGUUAAAGAAGAAGGGGAGGAGCCACAGCCCCACUGUGUUAAAGGGGGUGAGGGGGAGCCACAGCCCCCCUGUAUUAAAGAAGAAGAGGAGGCGCCACAGAUCCCCUGUGUUAAAGAGGAAGAGGAGGAGCCACAGCCCACCCACAUUAAAGAGGAAAGGGAGGAGCCACAGCCCCCCUGUGUUAAAGAGGAAGAGGAGGAGCCACAGCCCACCCACAUUAAAGAGGAAAGGGAGGAGCCACAGCCCCCCUGUGUUAAAGAGGAAGGGAAGGAGCCACAGCCCCCCUGUAUUAAAGAGGAAGAGGAGGUGCCACAGAUCCCCUGUGUUAAAGAGGAAGAGGAAGAGGAAGAACUCUCCAUCACUCAGGAGGGAGAGCAUCUUCUUGGGUCAGAGGAGGAUGAGCUCACCAGGUUGCCACCAGGUGUCUCUGUGAAGACCGAAGACCCUGAUGACAAACCACCUGAGUCCUCACAGCUUCAUCAUAGUCCAAGUGAGGAGAUGAGAGAGGCGGAGCCUUCAUGCAGCAGCUCACUGCAACACAUGACAACAGAAGCUGAUGGAGACCACUGUGGAGGAUCACAAGCAGACAACCUCUUAGCUCCACUGUCAGAUAGUGACAACACAACGUCACACUCUCCUGAAGGUGAAGACAGUGACUUCACCCAAGAAUCUCUGAGCAGCGAUACAGACUGUGAAGGUGAUAUGAUGACUCACACUGGCAACAAACACUCUGAAAGCUCUAAAAAGAAGACAGGUAAACGUUUUAACUGCUCAGUUUGUGAUAAAAUAUUUUCUAGUAAGAGUCAUCUGGCUCAACACAUGAGAACACACACAGGAGAAAAACCUUUUUCUUGCUCAGACUGUGGAAAAUGCUUCACUCAAAAGACACACAUGACAUCACACAUGAGAACACACACAGGAGAAAAACCUUUUAGUUGCUCAGACUGUGGUAAAUGCUUCACUGAAAAGACAAAUAUGCAGAGACACAUGAGAACACACAAAGGAGAAAAACCUUUUAGUUGCACAGAUUGUGGGAAACGCUUCACUGAAAAGAUAACCAUGCAAAGACACACGAGAACACACACAGGAGAAAAACCUUUUAGUUGCUCAGACUGUGGUAAACGCUUCACUCAAAAGAAAAUCAUGCAAAGACACAUGAGAACGCACAAAGGAGAAAAACCUUUUAGUUGCACAGAUUGUGGUAAACAUUUCACUGAAAAGGCAAAUAUGCAAAGACACAUGAGAACACACAAAGGAGAAAAACCUUUUAGUUGCACAGAUUGUGGUAAACGCUUCACUGAAAAGAUAACCAUGCAAAGACACAUGAGAACACACACAGGAGAAAAACCUUUUAGUUGCUCAGGCUGUGGUAAACGCUUCACUCAAAAGAAAAUCAUGCAAAGACACAUGAGAACACACAAAGGAGAAAAACCUUUUAGUUGCACAGAUUGUGGUAAACGCUUCACUGAAAAGAUAACCAUGCAAAGACACAUGAGAACGCACAAAGGGAAAAAACCAUUUACUUGCUCAUAUUGUGGCGACACAUUUUUUUGGAACUGCUCUUUGAAAAUACACAUGCAGAACAUCCAGCAGCUGAUUGGUCACCAAAAAGAAUGUCCCCCUCAGCCACAGGGUGGGAGCUCCACUUUGGAGCAGGCAAAGCUACCAAUUAAAGAGGAAGAACUCUCCAUCACUCAGGAGGGAGAGCAUCUUCUCGGGCCAGAGGAGGCUGAUCUCACCAGGUUGCCACUGACUGGUGUCUCUGCAGUGACCGAAGACCCUGAAGACAAACCACCUGAGUCCUCACAGCUUCAUCAUAGUCCAAGUGAGGACAUGAGAGAGGCGGAGCCACAGCCCCCCUGUGUUAAAGAGGAUGGGGAGGAGCCACAGCCCCCCUGUAUUAAAGAGGAGGAGGAGGAGCCACAGAUCCCCUGUGUUAAGGUGGAAGAGGAGGAGCUGCAGCCCACCCACAUUAAAGAGGAAGAGGAGGAGCCACAGCCCACUUAUGUUAAAGAGGAAGAGGAAGAACUCUCCAUCACUCAGGAGGGAGAGCAUCUUCUAGGGCCAGAGGAGGCUGAUCACGCCAGGUUGCCACUGACUGGUGUCUCUGUGAAGACCGAAGACCCUGAUGACAAACCACCUGAGUCCUCACAGCUUCAUCAUAGUCCAAGUGAGGAGAUGAGAGAGGCGGAGCCUUCAUGCAGCAGCUCACUGCAACACAUGACAACAGAAGCUGAUGGAGACCACUGUGGAGGAUCACAAGCAGACAACCUCUUAGCUCCACUGUCAGAUAGUGACGACACAACGUCACACUCUCCUGAAGGUGAAGACAGCGACUUCACCCAAGAAUCUCUGAGCGGCGAUACAGACUGUGAAGGUGAUAUGAUGACUCACACUGGCAACAAACACUCUGAAAGCUCUAAAAAGAAGACAGGUAAACGUUUUAACUGCUCACUUUGUGAUAAAAGAUUUUCUAGUAAGAGUCAUCUGGCUCAACACAUGAGAACACACACAGGAGAAAAACCUUUUAGUUGCACAGACUGUGGUAAACGCUUCUCUCAAAAGACAGCAAUGCAAAGACACAUGAUAACGCACACAGGAGAAAAACCUUUUAGUUGCACAGAUUGUGGUAAACGCUUCACUUUAAAGGCAAGCAUGCAAAGACACAUGAUGAUACACACAGGAGAAAAACCUUUUAGUUGCUCAGACUGUGGUAAACGCUUCUCUCAAAAGACAGCCAUGCAAAGACACAUGAGAACACACAAAGGAGAAAAACCUUUUAGUUGCACAGAUUGUGGUAAACGCUUCACUGAAACGAUAACCAUGCGAUUACACAUGAGAACACACACAGGAGAAAAACCUUUUAGUUGCUCAGACUGUGGUAAACGCUUUACUGAAAAGACAGCCAUGCAAAGACACAUGAGAACACACACAGGAGAAAAACCUUUUAUUUGCACAGAUUGUGGUAAACGCUUCACUGAAAAGAUAACCAUGCAAAGACACAUGAGAACACACACAGGAGAAAAACCUUUUAGUUGCUCAGACUGCGGUAAACGCUUUAGUCAAAAGACCAAUAUGCAAAAACACAUGAGAUUGCACAAAGGAGAAAAACCUUUUAGUUGCUCAUACUGUGGUAAACGCUUCGCUCGAAAGUCAGACAUUAGAUUACACAUGACAACACACACAGGAGAAAAACCUUUUAGUUGCUCAGACUGUGGAAAACACUUCGCUCAAAAGACACAUAUGAAAAAACACAUGAGAAUGCACAAAGGAGAAAAACUUUUUAGUUGCUCAGACUGUGGUAAAUGCUUCACUGAAAAGACACAUAUGCAAAGACACAUGAGAAAACACACAGGAGAAAAACCUUUUAGUUGCUCAAACUGUGGUAAAUGCUUCGCUCGAAAGUCAGACAUGGGAUUACACAUGAGAACACACACAGGAGAAAAACCUUUUAGUUGCUCAGACUGUGGUAAACACUUCGCUCAAAAGACACAUAUGCGAAAACACAUGAGAACACACACAGGAGAAAAACCUUUUACUUGCUCAGACUGUGGUAAACGCUUCACUGAAAAGACAGCAAUGCAAAGACACAUGAGAACGCACACAGGAGAAAAACCUUUUAGUUGCUCAGGCUGUGGUAAACGCUUCACUCAAAAGGCACCCAUGCAAAGACACAUGAGAACAUGCACAGGAAAAAAACCAUUUACUUGCUCAUAUUGUGGUGACACAUUUUUUUGGAACUGUUCUUUGAAAAGACACAUGCAGAGUCACUGAUGGUCUACUGCAGGUGUUGGCAACCCGCGGCUCACUUUGCCGAGUGCGGUGAGUUUUUUUUUUUUUUUUUUCAAACACCGAAGUAUGGAAAAUGUGCAUUUUCGAAAUGAAUGUGAAAUAUCCCACUCACUGCAUGUCCGUGAAUGCACCUAGACUGCGUUCUGACUGCUGAUUGGAUGAACAAGGGAGGAGGGGGUAGGCUCGUGUAUGCAGUGAGUCUCACUGUGAGGGAAAGAAAAAAGGUGAGAGAGAUGGCGGACAUCUGUGACUUUGAUCUGAGCAACAUUUGUGGGCGUUUCUGUGCAAAGCCCAGGAGUUUAUAGACCGUGAAGCCCCCCAUGCAGGAAUAUAGCAGCAGGCAGUCGCAUCUUGUUUAUAAUCAGAUCAAAAAAGGACUUGGGAAUUAGACAGAUGCAACUUAAAGCACAACAAUAUUUUUUGUGAUAUACCAACGAAUGACCUUCCUGUGAUUACUACUUUGACAAAAUGAUUCAACCCCUUGGUCACAUACGUCCUUUGUACAAAACCCUUUGGCAAUAAUAACGUACCUCAGACGUGACACAUAGCUCGACACAAUUGUCUUUCAGAGAUCUACUGGAAUCUUAGCCCGUUCCUCAUAGGCAAAGGCAUGCUGCAACUGCCUUCUUCAAGUCCCACCAGAGAUUUUCAAUUGGAUUUAAGUCAGGCGAUUGCGAUGGCCACUCUAGAAUCUUCCAUCCUUUUGUCUGCAACCAAGCUUUGGUAGAUUUUGAGGUAUGCUUGGGGUCGUUGUCCUGUUGGAAGGUCCAACGUCACCCAAGCUUCAGAUUUGUCACUGACUGCACCCAAUGUCUCCUGGUAGUUACUUGAAUUCUUGAUAGUCCUGUCGGAGUUCACCAGCUGUCCCCUGAGGAUUUUGCUCCACCUCUCGCUUCAGACACCGGACAGCAGUCGCCGACAGCAUCCUCUUUCUGCCGCGCCCAGGUCGUGUUUCCACUUUGCCUUUUAGCUUUAAAUUUGCGAACGAUGCUUCCAAUUGUGUCUUUUGAAAUGUUUCAUGCCUUUGCUAUCUUUUUAUAACCGUAUCCUUGCUUAUGCAGAGAAAUGACCUCCUCUCUAGUCUAGAAGGAGCUGGGUGUUGCAGUCGUUUUAAAUCUGCUCAGUAUGGUUCUGUCCACAUCUGCGGGUGUUUUCAACACCUGAUUGAAAAGACCUGAUGAAACCUCUGUUCUUAUGAGUGGUCAUCUUUGAGGGGUUGAAUAAUGUUGUCAGUGAGGAAACACAAAAAGGACAUUUGUUGGUGUUAUUAGAAAAAGUAUUGUUGUCAUUUCAGUUGCAUUUAGCUAAUUUUCAAGUCCUUGUAAGAUUUCAUUCUAAACAUGAUUGAAGUGUUUUUUUAUGUCCUCCAACACGUUCCCGCAACGAGAGUUGAAUAAUUUUGAACGCCGCUGUAGAUAGAUACUUUAUUCAUCUCCAAGAGAAAUUCACAUUUCCAGCAGCUCUGCAAAAAUGUCAUCAUGAACUUAAUCGCAAAAUAAAACCGAGGCAAAAAAGAAAAAUACGAAAAUGCAGUAAGAAUAUAAAAAUAAAUACAGAGCAGGUCACUUUGAAUUUGUAGUGCAAUAACACACAAUAAAUGAUAAUAAUAAUACAUAAUAAGGUUAUAAGUCCAGUCCUUCCACAACAGGAGAUAUGUGAUGUUACAUACAGGUAUAUCGGAAUCAGAAAUUGGGAGUUGGACAAUAUCGCUUAUGGGCAAAAAAGCCAAUAUCAGACAUCCCUAAAAAAGAGCCAGCUCGUUACUGCACGUAUGGGACUGACUCAUUCCUCCUAUAAAGUCGUCUGAAAGUCUCCAAAAAGCAACAGCAGCGCUCCGUUUACAUAUGAUGUGACUUGCAUGUUAACCAAGCUACAGCGACAUUGUUGUUAUUAUUUUUAUGAACAUUGUUUCGCCGAUCGAACUACAUUCCUGCCGUAUUGACACUUAGCCAGAACACGUCGGCGAGCUGCUAGCUGGCUAGCGACUAGCUUCACCGUAGACUCGCACGCUCACAACGCCUCAGACACGACCAACAGGUAAGGCUACAUAUCGGAGAUGCCACCACGUUUGGAAACGUUAACGCUAGGCGUAGACGUUCCUUUCUACAACGUUGCUUUGUGAAAUCAAUGGAAGUUUCGGUAAUGCUUGGAAUGGUCGAAAUAAGCAAAAUACUGCAAGUAUUCCAUGUUAUCAUGAAUGUACCUGCUACUACGUGCUCACAGCAUGGAUGGAAAACCAUUGUUGGAGGUUUUUGGAGGUGUUUUAAUAGCAGUGUGUGUAGGCGGAAUAGGUGUGUCCCAUUACGUGCACUACUGAGCUGUCGCUUUUUUAUCUUUAAAACGCACCGAAAAGAGAAAGACCUUUGUGCUCGUGUCUCACCUAAGGAUUGUGGAGGAUGGGCAAAAUUGCGGUAAAAAGUGCAGUUUUCCUUUUAAAGGUGUUUUAUUUGACUGUAUUCUCUCAUCACUAAAUGCUGUAACUGAUGAAGUCACUUCCUGUUCCAUUACUUCCAGAUUGGGUCUGGAAAGUCGUGAUUUGAUUCCUUUUACUGACUUGAGUUCUUAUGAUUCACUCGUUGGGGUACUGACCGCUUCAAGGAGGCCUUUGAAGGAUUUGAGUGACAACAAAAUAGUAGUUUUUGCUUUUUUCCCUUAUUUUUUUCCUACAGUUGUCUGUAAUGAAAGAGAAUAGUGAUAUUAUUUAGUUGAUAUUGUUGUUGAUAUUUAUUUGAUAUUGAUGAAAUGUUCACAAAGUGUAUUCAUUCAAAUAUUUGUUGUUUUCCCAAAACUUUUGUCAGGUGUUUUAUUCUGAUUAUAAUCAUGAUCCAAAAAAAAAACUACAGGCAAAUUUCAAUUAAAAAGUACGGUAUCGGUAUGAAAAUUAGCGAUACUGGCUCUGUACUGACUGGGUAUCGCAUGGAUUGUCUGAUGCUGUAUUUUAUUGUGGACAUUGAACGCAACACCUAAUAAAGUAUUGUUUUCCAAAGUAUCUGUU